AUGGAAGUAAGAUGCCAAUGCGGCACCGUCCGCUUCACCACCCCGACCCCGGCCCCGCUGGCCGUCUACCACUGCCACUGCACCGAAUGCCGCAAACAAUCCUCCUCCGCCUACGGCACCAGCGCCAUCUUCCCCGCGGCCGGCCUCUUCCCCUUAUCGGCCGAGCUCGCCGCUGCCCUCGGCGUCUGGACGCGACCCACCGAUCGCGGCGGCGAGAUGGACUGCUACUUUUGUAAAAGCUGUGGCGGGCGCGUGGUGCAUCGCAUCCGGGAACCGGAUGGGACAGAGCGCGAUGUGGUGAGUGUUAAGGGCGGGUUGGUGGAGGGGUUGCGGUGGGAAGGGGCGGCGCAUAUUUUUACGAGGAGUGCGGUGGUGGAGAUUCCGGAGGGGGUUGAGAGGUGGGAGGCGGAGCCGGGGGAUGAUAGUAUGCCGGGGAGAAAAGGGUUGGAGGAGUUGAAGGGUGAUGGGGCGACUACGGGGUAA